CUGGGAGCACACCUUGGUCCAGCGAGGCGGAAGUUGUAAUCAGCGGUGUUAAGUUCGGUGGCACGUUGAAGGGAAAGGGAUUGUUCUUUAAACACGUUACAAGAUCUUAAACGCUAACUUUACACAACAGACGCUUGUACUUGUUUGAAUAGAAACGGAGUUACUUGAUCCUUACACUUCUUCCUUGAAGAUACGGGCAAAGAGAUAAAAGGAGCUCAAUAUGGUGCAAUGGCUUCUUCUUGGCUUAGGAUUUAAAAGGCAAUGACGAGAAUGCAAGCGCAUUCCUGGAAGUCGUCUUAUUUGCUUGUUCAUUGAAAUGUCAUUCAGGACUAGGGGCUUUUCAAGGAGCAUGCAUUUACCUACACAUAGCCAGUGCAGCUGCAUCUUUAAAUAAGCCAUUUAGUUUUUUGUGCAACGUGGAUUGUGAAAACCAAAAUGACUAGUUUACGGAGGAUUUUAAGAAGGCGACUUCAUCCAUGGAAAUUAGUGAUAGUAGCCCUUAUUUUCAUUACAUUUUUGUUUCUAAUACAACGGGAAGUUGUUAGUCGAGAUCCAAAGGAGGAGCCAUGGCUUAAAGAAAUAGUGGAGAAGAGAGAUGCAGUGUUUGGAAUGAUGAUGGGAGCAGUCAACAAUUUCAGGGAUGCCAUGCCAAAGAUGCAAAUCAAAGCACCUGUUCGCCAACAUGACAGCUCAAACAAUAACUCCUGUUUGUCUGGAUACUACACAGCUGCAGAACUUAAACCUUUCCUGGAACGGCCACCACAGGACCCAAAUGCUCCUGGAGCCUCUGGAAAGGCUUACCACACUGACAAUCUGAGUGCUGAGGAGCAGAAGGAAAAGGAUAAAGGGAAUGCAAAACAUUGCUUUAAUCUGUUUGCAAGUGAUAGGAUUUCACUCAGCCGGGACCUUGGACCUGAUACUCGACCUCCAGAAUGCAUUGAGCAAAAAUUUAAACGUUGCCCAUCACUUCCUACAACAAGUGUAAUUAUUGUAUUCCAUAAUGAAGCAUGGAGCACAUUACUGAGGACAGUGUACAGUGUACUGCAUUCUUCCCCUGCAAUUUUUCUGAAGGAAAUCAUUCUUGUUGAUGAUGCAAGUGUUGAUGAUUACUUAAAAGACGAUCUUGACAACUAUUUGAAACAGCUACAUAUAGUUAAAGUUGUGCGACAAAAAGAAAGAAAAGGCCUAAUUACUGCCAGAUUACUUGGAGCCUCUGUAGCUACGGGGGAAGUUCUGACGUUUCUCGAUGCUCACUGUGAGUGUUUUCAUGGUUGGCUAGAGCCUUUGCUAGCAAGAAUUGCUGAAAACAACACAGCAGUGGUUAGCCCGGACAUUACAACAAUUGACCUUAAUUCUUUUGAAUUUAUGAAACCCUCUCCAUAUGGACAAAACCAUAAUCGUGGUAACUUUGACUGGAGUUUGUCAUUUGGAUGGGAGGGUGUUCCUGAUCAUGAGAAACAAAGAAGAAAAGAUGAAACAUACCCAAUUAAGACACCCACUUUUGCUGGGGGCCUUUUCUCAAUUUCCAAGAAAUACUUUUAUGAUAUUGGAAGUUAUGAUGAAGAAAUGGAAAUCUGGGGAGGAGAAAAUAUUGAAAUGUCUUUUCGUGUGUGGCAGUGUGGUGGUCAACUGGAAAUUAUCCCCUGUUCUGUAGUGGGUCAUGUUUUCCGCACAAAAAGCCCACAUACUUUCCCUAAAGGCACCCAGGUUAUUGCACGAAACCAAGUUCGUCUAGCAGAAGUCUGGAUGGAUGACUAUAAAGAAAUAUUUUACCGGCGAAACCAGCAGGCCGCACAGAUGUCAAAAGAGAAGUCUUUUGGUGACAUUUCUAAACGACUGGAGUUAAGAAAUCGAAUACAGUGCAAAGACUUCUCUUGGUACUUGAAGAAUGUUUACCCUGAAGUAUUCUUACCAGAUCUGAAUCCAGUUCAGUUUGGAUCAGUGAAGAAUAUUGGGAAAGGUUCCUGUCUGGAUGCAGGAGAGAAUAAUGAAGGUGGGAAGCAAUUAAUUAUGUACCCCUGCCAUGGCCUUGGAGGAAAUCAGUAUUUUGAGUACUCCACACAUGAAGAAAUUCGGCACAACAUUCAAAAGGAGCUAUGUUUGCAUGGCACAGCUGGUGCUGCUGUUAGGCUGGAGGAAUGCCAGUAUAAAGGACGUGACACCCGUGUUGCUGGAGAAGAGAAGUGGGCGCUUAGAGAGAAUCGUCUCUUUGUCAACCCUGCGUCUAACACGUGUCUGUCUGCACAUCAGGAACAUCCAAGUCUGGCUCCCUGCAAUCCCAGUGAUGCUUUCCAGCAGUGGGUUUUUAUUUAAGAACUCUGCGCCCUGCAGAUUAACACUUUUGCACAUCCAUUUUUGAUGAAGAAAGAUGUAUUUUCAUAAACCGUUGUGAAGUUUUUACAACUUUUAUACCUGUGCUGGGCAACAUUUUGAUAUUGAUAAACUUGUACUUGGGUUUAGACAUGGAAUCGUAUUUGGGAGAACUGGUGGGGUGGUAAGUUGACAAUGCUGAAUAAUUACCAAAGAUUGUGAAAAAUUACAAUAUUUAUAACAUUUUUUCUAAAUAACAGUAUAUUGUCAGUCUUUUUUUUUUUUUUAGUUUACUACAGCGGGGAGUUUUGUGGUGCCUGGAUCUUCAGAUAUUAAAAUGUGAUGUUGCAAAGCUUUCAUUUUUGUACAUAAACGUUUUCUUACUAGCAAUUACAUUACACCUUUUUCCUCCGAGGAAUAAAAGUAAAGUUGUUCUCGCCUGAGUCCUCGUUAGGUGAAAGGGUUCGGCACAAAAGCCACUUGAACACAAGUCCUGUUGUAGGGCCUCGAAGAAACGUUCAAUGACCAGUGGCCUUCUGUUUCUGGGGAGCCGUUCAUUUAUCAGCAUGAAUGUUUCCAUUCUUCACUUCCAGUUUAGUGGGCUGCACUUGCAUCAUGGUGAAGAGGAGCAAACUGGCGCAGCCCACUUUGAUUGGCCUGUCAUCUUCUGUACCUGCUGAAAUGAUGGAUAACCUCACACACUGGGACAAUUUUUUAUUUUUUUUAUUUUAAGAGUAGGACCACUGGGAGUAAGUUGGAUGGGUUGAUAAGGUUGUAAUGAGCCAAUGUCAAUUUCUAGCUUUAAAUGGCCAACACUGUAUUGUUUUUUUUUGCUGUACAUAAGAUUAAAUACUUUUGAGAAUUGUUUUCCAUUUUGUCAGCUCAUACAGUUGGAAAAUCUUAAUUUCUUAGUUUUAAAACAUUCUCGGUGCCUUUAAGCUGGGAAUGUAAUUUGUAUUCAAUUUUGAUGGCUCCGUGUAAUAUGCCAUACUGCCAGUAGAGGUCACUAAAAACACACCAGCUCUGUAGCACUGCUCUGCUGCCUCGGGGUGUUCUUGGCAUUGCUAAUCUGCCAGUGGUGAGUACCCUUGUUUUAUGUAUUUAUAGCCACUUAAACAGCAGCACUGUGGAGUCCAUGUGUGGCACCAGUGAGAAAGCAGUGCUCAUAUUUUUGUGCCCAGGGUUUAAUGUGUUUCAUUACAGUGCUUGUUUGGCAAUCUGCAUGUUCAGGUGGACUUUCUGCAGAAUAUACUUUACGUUCUGCAGCAGAAUUACAUGAUUUUGCCAAUAAGCUCCUAAAGUGUGGUACUUGACAUUAGUGAUGGUACUGUAGUCCUAUUACAUCACAGACUCGGUGAGAUAUCUA